AUGCAGGCUCUCUGCGGGCAGGUGGGGCUGCGGCCUGGGCGCCCUUCAGCGCUGUUGGAGCUGGAGCAGGUAGCACUCAAGCAGCAGCGACCAGGCGGCAGCAGCGGCAAGAGCAGCCUGCCGGUAGUGCACAACUAUGGGCAUGGAGGUGCCGGCCUCACGCUAGCAUGGGGAUGCGCGGCAGACGCAGUGCAGCUGGUGCAGCAGGCGCUCGGCCAGCGGUGA